UCCAGUUGCUGGCAGAGGUUCUUUCACGGGAGAGGCGUUCCAACAGAAUGGUUACACUUCAAUUCAGUUUAACCCAGCAGAAUUUAUUGAACAGCUACAAUAUACAGGAGACUAUGGCAUGGAAUUCAACUUGUGGAAACUGGGUGGCAGCACAAUUUGCUUUGCAACAGUACUACCUUCCCAUUUUUUAUGGGAUUGAGUUCAUUGUAGGAAUUCUUGGGAAUACCACGGUUGUUUUUGGCUACCUCUUCUGUCUGAAGAACUGGAAUAGCAGCAACAUCUAUCUCUUUAACCUCUCCAUCAGUGACUUAGCUUUUUUGUGCACGCUUCCAAUGCUGAUGAGAAGCUAUGCCAAACAUAACUGGAUAUACGGAGACGUGUUGUGCAUCAUCAACCGGUAUGUGCUCCACGCUAACCUCUACACCAGCAUCCUUUUUCUCACUUUCAUCAGCAUCGACAGAUACAUGCUCAUGAAGUAUCCUUUUCGAGAACACUUUUUGCAAAAGAAAGAGUUUGCUAUUUUAAUCUCUUUGGCUAUUUGGGUUUUAGUAACCUUAGAAUUGCUACCCAUGCUUCCACUUUUAAAUACCAUUACAACUGAACUAGGCACCGACUGUCUUGAUUAUGCAAGUUCUGGAGACCCUGGAUACAACCUCAUUUACAGCAUGUGCCUAACCUUGUUAGGAUUCCUUAUUCCACUUUCCGUAAUGUGCUUCUUCUAUUACAAGAUUGCUGUUUUCCUAAAGCAGAGAAGCAGACAGCUUACUACCGCUUUGCCCCUUGAAAAACCUCUCCUUUUAGUUAUCAUGGCAGUGGUGAUCUUCUCCGUGCUCUUUACACCCUACCACGUUAUGCGGAAUGUGAGGAUUGCUUCGCGCCUGGACAACUGGAAGAAGAACGAAUGCACCGAAGUCAUCGUCAAGUUCUUAUACACUGUGACCCGGCCAGUAGCCUUUCUGAACAGUGCUAUCAACUGUGUGUUCUACUUUCUGAUGGGUGACCACUUCAGGGAAAUGCUGCUAAGUAAACUGAGACACUACUUUAAAUCCCUUACAUUCUUCAGAAAAUGAACUCAUACUUUAUGAACUCAUACUUUCAUUUAGUGAAAAGUGAAUUGCUUGUGAAGCAGAUUGUUCUAUGCCUGCAACUUCAAGCCAGUUGGAGUUGAUUUUAACACAUAGAUAUAAAUCAGAGAAGAAUAUAGGUAUGAUAUGACUAUGGUUAACAACAGCUUGCAUACAAAGUGUGGGGGAAGGGGAAGAGAUUUUAUUGUUGUUUACCUAAGAAUCAAAGGAGUUGGACUAACACUAAUGUUUAGGUGAAUAAGUAAAAAUUCAGUUUUAUGAAGACCUUCUCAGGCAGUGAAAAAGAAUAAAAGAGCCAGGAAUAU